AUGGCUUCGUUCCAGUCGACGCUGCCGUACCUGACCAGGACAGUCAGUAACAACACCAACACCAACAGCAGCCAUAAUCAUAACCAUAGCAACUACUCCAAUGGGUCGUUACCCAAUCGACGCACCUCCCUAGCCUCCUUUCACUCGUCUCGCCCGGAAUCGCAAAUGUCACAAACCUCGCCGCCUCCCUCGAGGUCACCGCUUCCUCCUGGCCUCGAAGGCGAUCGCAUUUCAGAUCCCAACUCUCAGUCCAAGACUCCCUCGACCGGUCUCUCCUCGCAGCACUCGUCUCUGUCGGCACCGCGUCGCACGAACCCCCACGCACGACCCUCACGAAAGCUUCGUUCGCAGUACCCGCGGAGCUCAACCGAGAACCAUGUCGAAUAUAUCCUUGUCGCGUCCUUUGAUAUCGACCGAGGCCCUGUUAUGGAACAUCAGUAUCCAGUUGCGAUCACUGGAGACGAGAACAUGCUUGCCGAGCUGAUGUUGCCCGACCAAGCCCACGCCCGUAAUCAGGAUUGGACCAUCUUUUUCUUGCACAAGGAUACCAGUCAGGAGGAAGAGGACGAGGAGCGCAAAGCCAAGGAAGAACGGAAGAGACGACGAAAGAGGCGGCGCGAUAGGCUAGCCGGCAUAAUAGACGAGGAGGACGAGGAUGCGGAAGAUGACUUACUGGAAGAUGACUGGGACGAUGAGGAGGACGAUGAUGACGACGAUUCGUCCACCGAUAGUGAACCCGAAGGCGGAGAAGGACCGCCACUGAUUUAUGUUCUAAAUCUGGUCAACACCAAGCAUGACAAGUCGGUAAAGCGAGGAGCCAUUGUCAAAGCCAUGGCCAUCUGCACGCGCCAUCCCUUCCUGCAUAUAUACAAGGCAACCGUUAUUGUUAUUGGCGUUGGAAGAUCGGUCAACGCCAUGGACUUGUCCCUGAUGCCCAAGCUUAGCCUCCUUGAGCGGCACCUACUGCAGGCGAGCGACAAUAAGGAUCUCUUUGUGGAAAAGUUUGAGCAGAUGAUUCAGAUGCGGAUAGCCGAAGACCAGAGCGAAGAGGCGGCAGACCAGUCAUUGGAUGCGACUCGGAGCCCGACGAAGCUGACUGGUAUAUCGAGGGCCGGUACCAAGGCCCAUGUCGAAGGUGGCCAGUCGAUUUACUCGGUUCCCCGCGACACGCAUGAGUUUGAGAGCAAGGUCAUGUACAAGGGCAUUCCUAUUCCCAUCAAAGUGCCUGUGGCCGUCAUGCCCGAGACCGUGGGUGACUUCUCACUCAUCAAGCUCAUUCAGAACUUUUCGGAUUCACACCAGAAGACACCUCAGCCAUUUACGCUGCACCCUCACCUUACCACGAAUGGCGUCAACACGCACCCCAUUAUCGUUCUGGCUAAUGCCUUGUUGACGCAAAAGAGGAUCAUCUUUCUGGGUUACAACAUGCCUUCAGGAGAGGUCGCUGAAGCUGUCUUGGCAGCGUGUGCCCUCGCGUCUGGCGGCAUCUUGCGCGGAUUCACACGGCACGCCUUUCCUUAUACUGACCUGACAAAGAUUGACGACCUGCUCAAUGUCCCUGGAUUCAUCGCCGGUGUGACAAAUCCUACCUUUGAGCACCACCCCGAGUGGUGGGACGUUUUGUGUGAUCUGCCAAGCGGACGGGUUAAGAUCAGUUCAAAGAUUGAUGCUGCUCCAGUGACAGAAGGCUUGUUAUACUUUCAGCAGCAAAACUCUGCUUUUGCCAGUGUAGCCAGCGGUACAACCAACAAUACUCAGGACUAUACCGGCGACAAUGCCUUCAUGGCCGACAUCCUGAGGAGUAUUGCGGCAAGACACGGCGAGCGUGUGAUCAGGGCAAAGUGGCGGGAUUGGGUUGGAAAGUUUACCCAGAUCGCGGCCAAGUUUGAGGAGAGUGUUUAUGGCGCGAGUGCCUUGUACAUUGGCGGCGAGGACCAGGACUUGAUGCCACCUGGUGCGAAUGGACACGGCUAUGUUUGGGCAGAUGACACGGCGAAGCAUAAGGAGCUCGCCGGUAAUGUGACCAGAAUCGAAGGAUGGCGCAACACCCGCAGUUAUUACAGCUUCAUCCAGGAUCUGGCUCAGAUCUAUACCGUCAGGCCACUGAAGGGCCUUGACCUUGCCCAUCUUCAUGACCGUCUGCGCAUGCAACGUCUCACGCCGGCACAGAGCCGGGACAUUUAUCUAACAGUGUCCAAACACGUCCAUACGUACGACGAGAUUUGCCUUCUUCUGAGUGUUGCACCCGAGUCCCACGCGGGACUCUUCUAUCUCGCUCUCGGCCUGUUCCACAAAGACCGUGAAGUACGCAUCAAGACGGCCGAUCUCUUAGAACGAAUCGCCGAGCAUGAGGCCGGUCAGCACUGGUGGAAGAGUCUGAGCCGUUUCGAGAAGCUCGCCUAUAUGCGUCUCCGUCGAGAGCUCGACGCCGAGCUCCGGGCCAAGCUGGAGAAAGAGGGCCUCGGCAACCCAGAAGUGGACAGGAGGAUCAGUUAG